UGCGAGGACACCGGUUUACGCACAGGGCCCCUCGGAUCGUGCGGCCAUGGACGCGUCCCGGGGUAUCGGCACCUUCGCGGUGUGGGACUACGUGGUGUUCGCCGGCGUGCUGCUAAUCUCGGCCGCCAUCGGCAUCUACUACGCCUUCGCGGGGGACAGCCGGGAGACCUCCAAGGACUUCCUGAUGGGCGGCCGCAGAAUGCACGCCGUACCAGUGGCACUGUCCCUCACCGCCAGCUUCAUGUCAGCCGUCACCGUCCUGGGCACCCCCGCCGAGGUCUACCGUUUUGGGAUGAUAUACAGCCUCUUCGGCCUCACCUACUUUCUGGUGGUGGUCAUCACCGCGGAGGUCUUCCUCCCAGUGUUCUACAAACUGGGAAUUACCAGCACCUAUGAGUAUUUAGAACUUCGAUUUAACAAAUAUGUUCGUCUCUGUGGAACAAUCUUCUACAUUAUUCAAACAAUUCUGUAUACAGGAAUUGUUAUUUAUGCCCCUGCCCUGGCUUUGAAUCAAGUCACAGGAUUUCAUCUGUGGGGUGCAGUGGUAGCUACAGGGGUGGUCUGCACAUUCUACUGCACGCUGGGUGGUCUUAAAGCAGUCAUCUGGACAGAUGUUUUUCAAAUUGGGAUCAUGUUGGCUGGAUUUGUGUCUGUGAUUAUAAAAGGUGUACUGAUUCAAGGUGGAAUCAGCACUAUUCUAAAUGAUGCCUAUAAUGGUGGAAGAUUAAACUUCUGGAAUUUUGAUCCUAACCCUUUGCAAAGACACACAUUCUGGACGAUUGUUAUAGGAGGGACCUUCACGUGGACCAGCAUAUAUGGUAUUAACCAGUCCCAAGUGCAGAGAUUUAUUUCCUGCAAAAGCAGAGCCCAGGGAAAACUGUCUCUCUACAUUAAUCUUGUGGGACUCUGGACAAUCCUGGUCUGCGCAGUGUUUUCUGGGCUCAUUCUAUAUUCUAGGUACCAUGAUUGUGAUCCUUGGACAGCUGAGAAAGUAUCGGCACCAGACCAGCUCUUGCCGUAUUUGGUACUGGACAUUCUGCAAGAUUAUCCUGGACUUCCUGGACUUUUUGUGGCCUGUGCUUACAGUGGAACAUUAAGCACAGUGUCCUCCAGUAUUAAUGCCUUAGCAGCAGUAACUCUGGAAGAUCUAGUCAAACCUCGCUUCAAAUCACUGUCAGAAAAGUCUCUCUCUUGGAUUUCCCAAGGACUGAGUGUGCUGUUUGGAGUCCUGUGUAUUGGAAUGGCUGCACUGGCAUCGCUAAUGGGAGCUUUGUUACAGGCAGCACUCAGCAUAUUUGGCAUGGUCGGUGGACCACUUCUGGGCUUGUUUACUUUGGGCAUUUUGGUUCCCUUCGCCAACUCAAUUGGAGCUCUUACUGGUGUGCUGGCUGGAUUUGUCAUUUCUUUCUGGGUUGGAAUUGGAGCUCAAAUUUAUCCUCUGCUUCCUGAGAGAAGUAUGCCACUAAGCCUUGAAACUUAUGGCUGUAAUACCACACACAAUGGGACAGAUUGGAUGUCAACCACAGAAGUGCCGUUUUCUACCAGUGCUUUUCAAGUACACAGUGGUGAAAGGACUCCACUGGUGGAUAACUGGUAUUCUAUUUCCUAUCUAUACUUCAGCGCUCUUGGAACCUUGGUAACAUUAUUCGUGGGAAUGCUUAUCAGCCUACCAACAGGAGGAAGAAAACAAAACAUAGACCACAGAUUUCUAUUGACCAAAGAGGAUGUUUUAUCCAAUUUUGACAUUUUUAAGAAAAAGAAACGAGUUUUAAGCUAUAAAUCUCAUCCGAUAGAAGAUGGUGGAACUGAUAAUCCUGCUUUCAACCACAUUGAAUUGAACUUCACAGAUAAAAGUGGCAAGAGCGAUGGGACUCGUUUGUGAAGCAGCUGUGAUGCUAGAUGAUCUUACACAGUGUGCAAGUUUUAUAUGUUUUCUAAGACAAUUGGAUCAGGUUUAGAUUUUUUUUUUUUGGUCUAUCGUAAGUGUUUUGGGGGGAGCUUUUGGGGGGUAAAUUUUUGUUAAAGCCCUGACUUACAAAGUCCUGAUUUUCUUCACUUAACUACACUCAUUAAUCAGUGCUACUCUGGAGUUAAGUAUUUCCACAUCAACAUUUCCUUCUGUUUUAUUACCAUAAAGUUGUAGAUGUGAAAGCUAUGGAAGUUAUGACUACAUAUGUGUUGAAAAGCUAAUACAUACACGCAUACUUGAUGGUCAAAAGCAUAUUCUUAAAUUCAGGCAUUCUUAAAAAUAUUUUCCAUGCCUUUGGUGCUAGCAUGUAAAUUUUGGGGUUUGUCAAAAUCAUAACAAAUGUUAAAAAGAGCUUUUCUCACUACUACUACAUACUCUAUUCUUAGGGAGCAAUGAGGUGACAGUUCUGUUUUAUGUAUAUCUUUGCUUCUCAUCGACCCUUAUCAGCCCAGGGCACAUAUUAGCCUUGGAACCAAUUCUGGCUCAGGAAGGUGAUAAUCAAGAACUAUCCUGUUCGGAACAGAGCAUAGGCCCAAUGAUCAAGUUCUUGGUUCUGUGUGUCUAUUCUUGUGCCUUUUUGCUUGUUAUCUCGAGUUCCUGGCCACUGGCUGCUUGUAUUACAUUUCUCAGACUCUCAUUCUUAUCUGCAUUUCUUGUUUCUGACCCAUCAACUUUGAUUUUAUUGUGCACUUUACCUUUGCUUACCUUUCUAAUUUCCUGUUUAUUGUCUUGGGCUUGCAUAUGUAUAUCUUAAGACACCCCAUUUGAAUAAUGCUAACCAAUAUCCUGGUUCACUAAGCUCCAGCUUAUGAGUUAUAAACACCCACGAGCCUGAUACUGACUAAAUUACUUUCAACGUGGGUACUCAUGGAUUUGAUGAUCCAAGAAUGUUUACAUGAUUAAAUAUGGUUAAGCUCCAUGGAGUUAGAUGAUGACUUUGAAUGCUAUUAAGUUAAAUUUUUGAAUGUCAACUACUUUGCAAUCAAUUAAAUUUAAUGGUAUAUAUACUUAGAAAUCUUGAAUUCUAUAUUCAUCUAGUUAGAGAUCUAAAUUACAUAGGCUAACACUACUAUUUUUCUUUAAUAUAUUGGAAAUAUUAAAUAUAUGCUUUGUUUCAUGUUUUAAAAUUUCAAGUAGCAGUCUCAAAAUUUAUUUUUUUUUAAUUUGCUGUGUUUCUAGCUAAGAGUCUGGUAAGGCUUUUAACAAUAACUUUUUUCCUACAG